AUGACAUCUGUCCAGGGGUGGGACGCCAAGGCCCUUCUGCCAGACUCCGCACCUCAAACAAGGAAAAAGGGUGCGAGAGAUGCUUCACAGAGCGGACCGAGUGAACACUGGGGGAUCAUCCCUCGUGUUCCAGGGAGAGGCCAUAAGGAGAUCCUCCGCCACCCUGCAGAUGCUCGAUGCAAUGGAUACGGUAUUCAUAUCAAGACCGGCCGUGUUGGUGGUUAUACCAAUUCUCACUCGAGAUUGACCGCCGAGCCGCUGGGCCUGCGCCAAGACGUUGCGCCGCUCGCAUCUUGGCCGCAAGCCCCCCCGCAGCUCGGGCACCAGCUCAUUGGCCGGGCUGAACAUCGUCGCCUGGCUCUCACUUCUGCAGAGGAGGAGCGUGAGCUUCUUGCUGGGAUCGUGCAGCACGAGGCAAUCAGAAUGGGAGACAGCAAGCAGUUCCUGGUUUGCUGCCGACGGAAACUCACCCUCGCUCAUCCUCACCCCACACACCUGCAGAACAUCAAAGAUAGCAGCACCCAGGAUGGUGGGCGGGGGUGGGGACCUCCGCCGAUGCUUAAGGUUGGAGCGUCGCCCGUUGGCAUUCCUGGUCUACUAGUAAUAAUGUUACAUUUUCGCGGAGGCCCCGCCGUGCUGGAUAAAGGUGAAUAUUCGCCCUUAUGUACCGCUGCAAAUAUAAUCAAGAUUCAUAUCAUCAAAGUAACUACCGUACAAAAUGAAGAUAACAAAAAGCAAGAGAAGACAAAAAAGACAAAAAACCCGGCACCUACAUACAUACAUAAGGAACAUUAG